AUGCAGGACGAGCUGAAGCUGUCCCUUCCUCUAGAAGCGCUGCCAUGCCCCUUGCUGCGUUUUGUCAUGGAGCUCCAAGACCAGCACCAGCAGCAGGACCAGAGGCAGGCAGAAACAACGGCUCACAGACCGCAAAGAGGCAUGGAAGACAGGGAUUUGACCAACACAGCUGUUUUAGAAAGCUCGCUUACUGUCAGCGUUUCAUCUGCUCAAGCAGCUGUUUUUUCUGAUCCGGCGAUUACUUCUAGUGAUGCUAAUGCUUCCGCUGGAGGUGCGGCUGCUGCUUCUGCUCCUCCUGCUUCCGCUGCUCCUCUCUCACGUGUGGCUGUUGAGGCGUUAUCUCGUCAAGUGGCACGAGCUAUUGCUGCAGACGUGUUUGGGGUUCGCUUCAGGAAAUCAGUUCGAGAAUCGGAGGAGGGGAAGAAGAAACGUGGAAGCAACAACACCGGGGAGGAGUCAAGUGGUCAGGGGGACGGUUCAGCUGAGCAGGUAGCAGUUGAAGCUAUUGAUCAAGACUGGGAGGCGUUCUGGAUGGGUCCGAUGGAUGGUGCAAGUGAUGAGAGCGAUGAGGAGGCGGACGAGGAGGGGGAGGAGGAGGAAGACAAAGGAGAAGCACGAACGGACGCUGGGUCAGAUGCUGGUAAAAGAAAUUUCACGGCGUUGGUUGUCAUUGCCAGGCGUGAUGCCGAUGGCUCCGCCUGUACUGACGCUGCUGGCGGAUCUGGUUCCCACAUGCGCAGCUGCUCUGCCAGGGAUGCGUCACGACAGAACCUUGCUACAGCCAGGGAUGAGACGCAACAGAGCCUUGCUACAGCCAGGGAUGAGACGCAACAGAGCCUUGCUACAGCCAGCGGUGGAGGUGAAGGUAGUGCGAGUGGUGCUGGCAGUGGCAGUGGUGGCGGGAUGCACACACACAGGAGGGUGAGCAGGAGGGCGAGGGUGACUUGGGAGGAGUUUAUCGUUGGUCUGGCGGGAUGCUGCAAGGAAGCUUCGUCAUCAGCUCGCAUGAGAAGGCUGCUGCGAAUCAUGUCUCUCAUUCGUGUGGUGCUCCUUCCGCCGUCCAGCUACUCCCCUUCUUUACAAUCACAAAGCUCACACUCACAGACCUUACAGUCACAGAGCGUAGAGUCACAGAUCUCCAGCUUGGAUCCAAAUGAUGCACACGCCCGCAGUGACGAGCCCAGCAGCCGUUUCCCUGUGAUGCCCUCCAUCCCCUGCGCUCCCUCCGUGCCCCAAGCCCCGCUCUCCACAACAGACAACCUGCAGGGAGAAACUCAAUUGCAGCCGCAGUCGCAGCAACAGCAGCAGCAGCUAGGGGUUGGGGAAGGUGAGAGGAGGGAGGUGCAUGCAUGGCACGUGUGGCUGCUCUUCCUCACGUGCUGGGCGAUGGGGCAGCAGGUGGAGACAUUGGGCCAAGACAAGGCAGGCAAUGGUAUUAAAGUUGGUGAUGGGGGUGCUGAUGGGGGUGCUGAUGGUGAUGGGGAUGGGGAUGGGGAUGGGGAUGGUGGUGGUGGUGCUGAUGCUGAUCUCCCCAAUGUGGCAGCACACACCAGUGGCCAGUCUGCCGUACCUUCAAAUGUGCUCCACAUGCUUCAGAGCCUUGCUCGAGGAGCUGUUUCAGCUGCUGCGAGUGCCACUGAGAGCGCUGCUGCCACGGAUUACACCGCUGCUAUUUCGGUGCCUGCACCACCUGGUGCUGCUACUGAUAGCGGAUCAGCCUAUAACGAGUCUCUGCCUCGCCUGGAGUCAGCCAAGCUCGUGUCAUGGCUGCUGGGUCAGCUCCCUGGUCUCUCCACCCGCCUCUCAGCCUUCGUGCUUCAUCGCUUCGCCACUGCUUUAUGCACGGAUGAUUCCUCUCAUUCAACCACGCAUGAUGCCUGUAAGGCAGCGCCCACGCCCAAAGCCACUGCCCCUGCCGUUCCCAGCGCUGCAUCUUCGCUUCCUCCUGUUACAAGCACAUCUGCUGCUUCCACCAGAGAAACUGAUUCCACCAAUGGGAGCCCAGAAGCCAUGCCACGUGGCGUUGCCUGGGCGCUUGACAUGGCGUUUCCGGACCCUCUCAGUGCAGCAGGUAUGACACGGGUAGGAGCAACAGGGGCGACAGGAGACAAAGAGCCGACAGCGCAUGGUGCAAGGGGGGGCGUGGUGCAUGGUGCACAGCUGCUGUACCGUGCGUCUCUGCAUGGCCGUGGCAUUCGCCGAUUCAUGGCCCAAGCUGAAGGGUAUGGUGGUCCCUGGUUGCUGCUGCUCUCCCUCCGCCACCCGCCCUCCUCUCCCCUUUCCUCCUCCUCCUCCUCCUCCUCCUCCUCCUCCUCCUCCUCCUCCUCCUCCUCCUCCUCCUCCUCCUCCUCCUCCUCCUCCACCUCCCCAUCUCACUGUCACUGCGGGGGUCUCGUCUCUCACUGCACCCGCCUGUGCAUGGCAAAGCAGCCCCCGUGGCUGGUGGGAGUGAUGGCGUCUGCUGCUGUGGCCAAUGCUGAUACCUAUACUGGUGACGCCAGGGGUUGUGCUUUAAUGCAGCUCUCGCCCUCCUUCGCGCUCUACAAGCCCACUGGGGCAGCAGGGGGGAAGGCGAGGGUGUUGGGGAUAGGCGUGGGGGGCAGCAGGGGGAGGGAGCGGGUGUGGGUGGAUGAGGAGUUUCGAUGCGCCAUUGUGAGGCACCAUGCAGUGGAUAAGACCUUUCGUGCAGGUCACCUGCACCCGGACCAGGGCUAUGCGGAGCUGAGUGUGCGUGUAGAGGAUGUGACUGUAUGGGGUCUGGGCGGCAAGGUGGCAGAGGACAAGAGGGUGGCCUUUCAGCAGCGAGAGCAGCUUUUCACGGAGCAGCGGAGAAAGGUGGAUUUGGCCAAGUUUGUGGGCAAGUGGGAGGAUGCGCCUGAGAGGGUCAUGCUGGACAUGGUCACCAACCCCAACAAGCCCUCCAAGGAGGAGCGGUAG